UGUCUUUUAAGCUUUAUUACUCACUUACAUCACUUUGUUGGAGAAACCACACGCAAGCCUCAAUUGCUUAUGACUCACCUGGUGACUCGGACCCAACUCACUCGACUCACUCAUUUCAUUCAUCACACCAAACCUUCCCUCAAAACCAAAAUCCCUCGUUCCCAAUUCGUAACCUUCCCUCAAUUCUCCACCAAAACCUUCCCCUCCCUCCACCGCGCCCAACCACCGGCAAUGGACGCGCAACCGCCGGAAUCCGGCGCGCCCGUCGCCGGAAAUGAAGACUUCGUCCACGUCCAUGAUCUCAACAUGGAGAGCUUGUCUGACAGCAUGGUUCGAAUCGACGAGCCUUCAUCAGACGCCACCGUCGCCGCCGCUGUCGCUGCUGCUCCUCCGCCAGGUCCUGAAUCUCUGCUGGAUGCUACCUAUUACCGGCCGGAGUCGCUGCCGGAGGAGCUCUCCAGAAACGUGAUCGUCCUGACGUGCGAGUCGGCCACCGCUGAUGAAGGCCUUUGCAAUGUCUACCUGGUUGGCACGGCUCAUGUCUCUGAGGAAUCAAGCAGAGAAGUUCAAGCUAUAGUCAGUUAUCUGAAACCUGAGGUUGUCUUCUUGGAAUUGUGCUCGAGUCGUGUGGCGGUGCUUACCCCUCAAAUUCUCAAGGUACCCACUUUUGGAGAAAUGAUUGCAAUGAUGAAGAAAAAGCAUAACAUGUUUGAAGUACUUUACGGCUCGUUCCUUGCCAAGAUUGCUAGUAGACUGGAGGUCUUUCCUGGCUCUGAGUUUCGAGUGGCAUAUGAAGAAGCUAUCAAGUACGGUGGCAGAGUGAUACUUGGUGAUCGCCCAGUACAGAUUACAUUAAAGAGAACAUGGAGUAAGAUGCCCCUUUGGCAUAAGACAAAGUUGGUGUACAAUUUACUUUUCCAAGCAGUUUUUUUACCCAGCUCUGAUGAUCUUAAUAAAAUGCUGAAGGAAAUGGAUGACAAUGACAUGUUAACUCUUGUAAUUCAAGAGAUGAGUAAGGAGUUUCCAACUUUAAUGGAGACCCUUGUGCACGAACGCGAUAAGUAUAUGUCCUGUGCGUUACUGAGAGUGGCAUGUCAGAAUAGCUGCGUUGUUGCUGUUGUUGGAAAGGGCCAUCUACAAGGAAUAAAGAAACACUGGAAGCAACAUGUUGUGAUGAGUGAUCUCAUGACAAUUCCAUCUCCGAAACCAGGUAUCUCUGCAUUGAAAGUCUUUACAUCUGUUGGUGUUGCCGUCGCUGGGGUGGCCAUAAUAUCGGGCAUCUACCUCUCAUGCAAGAAGUGAAAGUCGUUGGUGUAUGAAUUGGGAUACUAACAGUUCAGUACAGUUAUACUAUCAUCAACAAAGUUGGUGCAUAUGCCAUUUAAUUUUCUUUUUUAAUAUAAAGAGUUGCAAAUUUUUCCUGGAUC